AUGGGGGGAGACUCAUUGUUGAUCCCGCAGCAGCCACAUGUCCAGUGUCCACUCUGGCAAACUCCGAAUAUCAUCCCACGAGGGAAGCUCAUGCGCCUCUUUGGCGUCAGAUCCUCUAACAUGUCCCUUUCCCAGAGGCAAUCAUCGCAUAUACCAUUCUUAGCCCGUUUUUAUGCAUUGAUAUUCGUUGCGCUAUCGCACGUCGCGGCGGCGGGGAAGAGUGAGGUCGCCAGUGGCAGGGCUGUAUACAGCUAUGGACAGCCUAUGCCGGUCACCUGUUUGAACCGGACAAUUGACUCUGGAGAACAUGUAAUGCCUCCCCAUUUCCGAUGCCUCCUUGCUAUCACAGACAAUCUCGGCAAGCUACAAUACAUUCCGUUCCCAACCUGCAACGAGACCUUCCUCCCGCUUGCACUCCGCUACGGCGUGACAGAAACAGUCAAUUGCACAAUCAGCUCGCUCCCCGACGAGCUCUACCACCUCCUGGAAUAUUACGUCCACUCGGAUGUACCACUGGCCUGUCGCGUGCCCACAGCACCUCUCACCACUUCGGCGCAAGCAGGCUCAUCCCCUGAUGCCAAGAAGAGCGAAAACACCGACCUCUCCCCUCUCGACAAUGGCGGACCGGCAUACACCCCCCUUACCUUCGCUCUACAGGGCACCCUGCAGCGCAGCCACCUACACAUCUGGACAGACAUGAACGUCGUCGUGCACAAUAUUCCAUCGGCCUCCAAGACCAAGAAAAGGAACCGGAAGAGCAAGCAUGCGAGCCCGGGGUAUGUCGUGGCCGGAACCGCGUACUCGAUCCCCGAGUUUGAUGGCCUACUUCCGAAGGACAAAGACGUUGACGAGGAUGACGCGGCUUUGGCUAUUUCCGAGGCGGCUCGCGAUCCCUGGACGGCCGGCCACGGCACGAAGGUUAUUCGCGGUGAGCCGCUCACGUUUACCUUCCAUGUUAGCUGGGUUGAGGGCGGGAAGGGGAUCUGGUGGCCUGCUGGGGGCCUUGAUUCUGCGGAGGGAUCGUCUGGCGUGGCGUCGUUCUUCUCCAGCUUUUUCUUCUUCGUGCUGGCUGCGGGUGUCGGGGCGGUUGUGGCGUUGUACUGGGAGCGGAAUGGGGCGCGUCGACGGGCUGGAUGGCGUGGAGAUGGGAUUCUGGGUGCCUCUGCUCCUCGUGGGAAAGGGUCAGUUGGGAUCGCGUAUAGCAAUGGGGGCAAAUUAAAUGGGUACGGGGGUUAUUCCCCUUCAAGCACUCCCUCUGUGGUCGCUGCUGGUGGUGGGGGCUAUGGAUAUGGGGGAUAUGGAAAGAAGGACUGA